AUGAGCAACGAGUUUAUGGUUCAGAAGUUUAUUUCUCAGAAGGAGCUCGAUGGUCUGAGCGACUAUAGUCUCCAGCUGAACCGCUGGCUGUUAAAACCAAUAGGUGUUUGGCCGAAAUCGUUCUACACGUCCAACAUCGAAAAAAUUGUUUCCUUAAUUUCGAACAUGAUCUGUUACUGUUCGAUCGUGAUCACGGUCGUUCCUUGCAUACUGCAUCUGACGUUCGAGGACAUUGAUUUUCGUACGAAGCUGAAGGUGUUUGGUCCCAUGACGCACUGGUUCGCUGGGGGAAUUAAUUACACCACGUUGUUGGUACGCGGCGAAGAAAUUCGUCACUGUAUGAAACAAAUGCAGAAUGAUUGGCGAACUGUGAGCAGUCCGGAAGUGCAGCAGGUGAUGUUGAAGGACGCGAAAUUUGGUCGCAACAUGGCUACGUUCUGCACCGUCUUCAUGCAGGGAGGGGUUCUGUGCUACUGCGCCGCCAUGGCGUUAACCAAGGAAAUCGUUCAAGUCGGAAACGAAACCAGGACCAUACACACGUUGCCAAUUGCGGUUUACAAGAAGCUAAUACCCGUGGAUACGAGUCCCACUAAUGAGAUUGUUCUUGCGGUGCAAGUUUUGGCCGCCAUCAUCGUUAACUGUACCGUUGUUGGGGCUUUCAGCUUGGCCAUUGUGUUCGCGGCACAUGCUCAUGGUCAAUUGGAUGUGUUGAACAUGUGGAUCACGGAGUUUGUGGAUCAAUCGAGGAAUUCAAGUAAGAAAGUACGGUGGAAUGGCAUUGGAGUGUUCGUGAAUAACCAUACCAACGUUUUAAGUUUUAUAGAACACAUUGAGCAUGUGAUGAAUGUGAUAUGCUUUACGGAACUAUGUCAGUGUACGAUGUCUAUAUGCUUUCUUUGUUAUUAUAUUCUUACGGAAUGGCAUGAACACGAUAUUCAUAAUUUGACCACAUACGUAAUUAUACUUGUUUCCGUGACUUUCAACGUUUUCAUAAUGUGUUAUGUCGGUGAAUUAUUAACGAAACAGUGCAACAGAAUUGCCGACGUGAUUUAUUCGACAAAUUGGUAUUAUUUACCUUGUAAAAACGUUCUUGAUCUAACAGUGAUCAUCACGAGGUCAAGUAUGGUAACCAAAAUCACAGCUGGGAAAAUAAUUUACAUGUCCAUGUACACUUUCGGUGCUGUGCUAAAAACAUCUUUCACGUAUUUAAACAUACUUCGACAAAUGACGUGA